AACGCCGCCGCCAAAACCUUUCUCUUCGCCUCCCCGACGGCUCCUCUUCCUCUGCUCCUUCCCAUCGCCUCUCCUCCAACUCCGGCGCCUCCCUCCCACCUACGCCGCGCCUGAUAGCGCCUGACGCCAUAUCAAGAGAGAGGUGAAGAGGACUAGGCGAGAUGGGGAUGAGGGAGAAGAAGCGGAACCAGAGGCGAGUGCUCGCACGGCGCACUGCAGCUCCACGCCCUGGCGAGGGCAAGGACUUCCUGCCGCUGGAAGGAGAACCGGGGAAGAGGAUCCGGAAGGAGCAGCCCGAGGCGCCGGAGAACACCGCCACCGUCCUCUACAUCGGGCACAUCCCCCACGGCUUCUACGAGGACCAGAUACAAGGAUUCUUUCAGCAGUUUGGGACUGUUAAGAGGCUUAGGGUUGCCAGGAACCGCAAGACAGGAAAGUCCAAGCAUUAUGGAUUCAUUGAGUUUGAGAAACCUGAUGUGGCGAAGGUUGUGGCUGAUGAGAUAAACAACUACCUCUUGUUUGAGCACACUUUGCAACUUACACUUGUUCCGCCAGAGAGAGUUCAUCCAAAAUUAUGGAAAGGGGUGCGACGGGGAUUUAUACCAAUUGAUCGGGUAGCAAUCGAACGGAAAAGACAUAACAAGGAUAAAACUUUAGAGGAGCACAAAAAGAUGGUUGAAGUAAUUGUAAAGCGAGAUCAAAAGCGCCGCAAAAGAAUCAAGGCUGCUGGUAUUGGUUACGAGUGUCCAGCCCUUGUCGGGAGCAUUCAGCCUUCAGCUAAGAAGAUCAAGUUUGAUGAGGAUUAGUGUUUUACAAGAGAGGCAGACGGAUCCUUUGAAGUGGGGGUGACCGGGCGGUCGAGUUAGAUGACUGGCUUAUUUUAGCACCAAGGGGAUGGCAAUCGGCAACAAUGUACUUCGGUUUUGUUAUGUGCCUUUAAUCAGUGUUACCCAGAUGUUACAAGUAUGAAAGUGCAAUGAGAACAACACUUAUUUUCCAUGUA